AUGUUUCCCGAAAUAAAUCCCCCAAGAAAAAUGUCGUUCCAAGCAGAUCCGGUCGAUUUUAAAGAAAAGCUCAUAGCGGCAGUGAAGAAAGAGGUGAAACAGGUGAUGGAGGAAGCCGUCACCAAGAAGUACAUACACGAAGAGUCUUGCUCGGUAACGGCUCUAUGUGCAGCGGUCGAGGCGUGCCUGAGCCAGGGUCUGCGAAGGCGGGCUCUCGGCCUGUUCAAGACAUCGUCCACCACCGCCCUACUGCACAAGGUGGCCAAGCAUUGUCCCGAAGCCGCCUGUAUCAGUAAGAAGGUGCAGGAUAUCGAAAACAGUGAUCCAAACAAACGGUCCUCGUCAAGCAGCGACAGUACCAACAAACCACCGAUACUAAAGAAAAGCAGCAGUAACUCUGUUUCGACAACGACACCACCACAGUCACCGCCAGUUGUAAAAUAUCUCUGGAUACGGUUGGCACUGUACGAGAAGAAACUGUCCCGCAUCAUCGAUCAUCUUGUGACGAAUGCAACGCGGUAUUACGAGCGCGACUCGCUAGUGGCUGAUCCAGACUACGGUUCCAUUCUGAGCUCACUGCUCGUGGGUCCGUGCGCACUGGAUUACUCCCGUGCCAAAACUGCCGAUCACUUUUGGACCGAUCCUCCAGCGGACGAAUUGGUUCAGCGCCACAGAAUCAGCUCGAGUAAUCCCACGCCACCGGCGUACCGAAGACCGAUGUUGAACUUCAAGCGAAGUCUCCACACCAGCUCGGAGGAGGGCAGUAUGGCGUCGUUCAAGUCAAACAGCUUGGCAUCGGCAUCGAAAGACUACGUGGAAUCGCUACAUCAAAACUCGCGAGCCACACUACUGUACGGGAAGAACAACGUUCUCGUCCUCCCGAAAGACGUCAGUGAGCCAAUGCCAGGGUAUCUCAGUCUGCAUCAGACAGUGCAAUCGCUCACGAUCAAGUGGACACCGAACCAGCUUAUGAAUGGUUACACCGAGUCGGAGAAUAUCGACAAGAGCUCGUACUGGGCAUACGCGUUGAACGUGAAUGUGGACGAGAUCGUGUACGUGCACUGCCAUCAGGCGCGUGGUGGCGAUACCGGUGGGACCAUCAUUCUGGUCGGACAGGAUGGCGUCCAGCGUCCUCCAAUACACUUCCCCGAGGGUGGACAUAUGGCCGCCUUUUUGAGCUGUCUGGAAACCGGUCUUCUGCCCCAUGGUCAACUAGAUCCUCCGCUCUGGUCACAGCGAGGCAUUGGACGUAUCUUUCCGUGGCCUCAGAAGUCGCGCCGCAGACCAUUGCCAUCUUUGCUGGAGACUAACGAUGAGAUGCCUAUCGAUUAUGUGUUUCGAGUGGUCAACAAGGGUAACACCGAUGAGUUUUUGGCAACUCAUUCGAUACUGGAACUUGGACGUACCAGCCCACGCUAUCGAGCCCAACUGAGCAGUUGCUCCACCAACGAAAGCAGUGACUGUUCCAGUAAAAGUCUCUCGAUCGAUGCCAUGUCCAUCGACAGUCCUAAUCCACAAUCGAACCAAUCGACCAGCAUUGCGCUCGUCUGCUCCACGAUGAAACGACAGAUCAUUUCUCGCGCAUUCUACGGCUGGCUAGCGUACUGCCGCCAUCUCUCCACUGUGCGGACCCAUCUGUCAGGCCUGGUGAAUGGUCGCAUCACACCGGAAGCCGGUGCCGAAGAGGGUCUUACACGGUCCCGCUGGGAAAGCUUGCAUGAUGGCAACGGCGUCGUGGCGGACGAUCAGGAGGUCUACCGGUUAGUGUACUACGGUGGCGUUGAGCAUGACAUUCGGAAGGAAGUGUGGCCGUAUCUGCUCGGCCAUUACACCUUCGGCAGCACGCCGGUCGAGCGGGCAGAAUUGGACGAAACGGCGAAGCACUACUACGAAACGACCAUGAGCGAAUGGUUGGCAGUGGAGGCGAUCGUACGCCAACGGGACAAAGAAAAGACGGCCGUCGCGGUUGCAAAGCUGAGCUCGGGAAGCGGUAGCAUUGAAAACAAAAGCAAAACCAUCGACCAGGAUGCCGACGGCGAGGAAGAGGAAGAAGAGAUGGAGAACGAGGUGUUUGAGGAAAACGGGUUCUCCGACAUGUCGGAACCGGAAGUCGAAGGGGAAGAGAAAUCGGACGCAAAGCCAAAGCUUACCAAGGACAACAUCACCCUGCCGGUGGUCGCGCAGGACGCUACCAUGGACACCGGGGAGAAUGGGGACGAAGACGCCAAUCGGGACCAUUCCGAGCAGAAUCAAGAACAAGACUUUGACAGCAACAAGAGCUCACCUUCCGAUUCAUCCUACGCUACGGUCGGUAAUGAUUUCAUCGAUGUAGCGGACAUCAUCUCCCCGAUGGGCGAAGGCGCAAAGUCUCUUGCCGGGGAAGUGGAGCGUAUGCAAGAGGACGAAGAUGAGGAAGUGGUCACCUCCGACGGUGCGAUCGAGGCGGAAGAAGACGAAGAGGAACCCGAUUCGCCCAAGUCCCUCGAGCAGCCUCGUGCGGUCAUCGUUACCGAUGCGUCCAUCGACGUCACUCUGCUGCCGACUGAGGUUAGAGAGCUAAAUAACAACAACACACUAACGACACUGCCGGAAGAGGGAAGCAAUCAUCAGCCGGCGCUGGAUUCGUUGCAAGAACCCAAAUCCGCCUGCGUGUCUCCGGCCAGCUCAAACGGAGGCAUCUAUAGUAGCGAACUGCUGGAGUCGUUCGGUUUGAAUCUCCACCGCAUCGAGAAGGAUGUUCAACGGUGUGAUCGUAACUAUUGGUACUUUGCGAAUGAAAAUCUGGACAAGCUGCGUAACGUUAUCUGCACGUACGUAUGGGAGCACCUGGAUGUGGGAUACAUGCAGGGCAUGUGUGAUCUCGUUGCGCCCCUGCUCGUCAUCUUCGACGACGAAUCCCUCAGCUAUGGAUGCUUCUGUCGGUUUAUGGAGCGCAUGAUCGAAAACUUCCCGAACGGUGGUGCCAUGGACAUGCACUUUGCUAACAUGAGAUCAUUGAUACAAAUCUUAGACUCCGAGAUGUACGAUCUGAUGCAUGCGCACGGUGACUAUACCCACUUCUACUUUUGCUACCGCUGGUUCUUGCUCGACUUCAAGCGAGAGCUCAUCUACGCCGACAUCUUCUCCGUAUGGGAGGUGAUCUGGGCGGCGAAGCACGUUGCGUCAGCUCACUUUGUGCUGUUUCUAGCGCUGGCCCUGUUAGAAACCUAUCGCGACAUCAUCCUGUCCAACAGUAUGGAUUUUACGGAUAUUAUUAAAUUUUUCAACGAAAUGGCUGAAAGACACAACACACCAUCCGUUCUGAAGCUGGCCCGCAGUUUAGUGCUACAGCUGCAAACUAUUAUUGAAAAUAAGUAAGAAUCAGCAUCACAAAUACGGAACGUGAGCACUAGACAAUUGGAACUGACCUACCAGUGUGGUAUAAACGGUUAAAACACGUCAUUCGCACACGCAAAGUAAAAACGCAUUCAGUAUACAAACGCAAAAACCACGUACAUUGUACAACAAAGAGUUUGGGAAAGGGAGUUAGAAAAUGGCGAAGUAUUUAUCGUACGAAACCGAUUUCUAUCAGGGCGGCAGCUAGACAUGCUAGACAACUACUUUACCAACAUUACAUUCCCCAUCUUACAACUACCUAACCGUGGAUGGCAAAUGGCUCUCAAGAUGUUUCGGUGGUCUAUCUGUCUGUCUUGUCACUGUUAUCUUUUAAGGGGACAGUUUGUUCGAGUACUUUCGAGGUGUAGCUACGUUUAAAGUACGGACCUGCAUCCGACGGUUUCCUAACCUAAUGGAACGCCUCCUAGUGCCAUCCGGUACACCAUGUAUCCUGUCUGUGUCGGUUACGUACGUACAUGUGUCUUUCCGUUGGGUUUGCUUUACGUUAUCGUUGUUGUCGCUGUUGUUUCCGUUUCUUACCUAACUGUGCUGCACCGUGUACUAGAGUGAAAGUGUGAGACUAUUGCCUCGUUUGUCAGUACAAACGCAUAUACACAUAUAAUAGGCACAUCUGGUAGGUGCCGGUAUCGCAUCAGCGAUGUAGAAUUGAAAACCCGUAGUAAUAUCCCACCAUCUAACAUUUCUCCACCAUGCGAAGAAAAACAGAAAUUCAAAAUUCCGUUUGAUUUUCUGCAAGCACAUGAACACAACUUUCUGAUGCACCACAAACGUGAAACACCCAACAAAAUGUAUAAAUUUUUUUGGGUUGUUGUUAAACAAUCACAAAAUAACCCUCCCUUCCCACACAACGUAGUGUUUUUUUCAUUUCCGAUUAGUGUCGAUGUCUAACUAGUAAAAAAGAAAGCAAAACCAUUUGAAAAACAUGAUACAAAUUAAAUAAACUGCAAAAUGAAACUGGUAAAUGAAACAUACAAACAAAACAAAACAAAACAAAACAACUACAAUAUCCAAUGCAAUUGAAUCUUAUGAUGAAUCGUACUAAAAGGCAGACAAAAACGAAGAGAGAAGACGAAGACGAAACAAAUUACACAGUUUUAGAGUUGUAAGUGGAACUGUUAGUAAUGGUAUCAAUCAAUUAUAUUUACCAAAUUGUUUAGCAUUUGUUUACCACCCGCGUGAAACUCAAUGUCAAAUAGGGUGCAGUUAAUCAAUCACGUACAAAACUUGCUUGAAAUGCUAUGAGUUCUGUUGGACUAUUCAUAUUCUUGUUGUUCUAUUGUUUUACACCACAAACACACACACAUACACACGAUCAAGAACAUCAAAUAAUCAACUGAACAGGAAGCUUCCAUUGCAGAAAUAGCAGAACAAUGAUGUAUCCUCCUAAAAACACUAGCAAUUAGUUGGCGUUUGGUCGACAAAAGUCUUAACCACAAAACAAAACACACAAACUCACAAAACAUGCUCCUAAACGAGUUACAAUUAUACAAUAGAUGCAACAUUCUAACGAACGUAUUCUUAGUGAGGCUGAAACGAAUCAAGGCCAUAUAUAAUCGCAUACCAACUAAACUGGAAUGAAGCUAUCCUCGAUAGUGUCCCGAAGGGAACGAAAUGAUUAUCAACAGUCAGCAGCGUGAGUGCUGGUAGCAACCGGCCGGGGUUUAAUUGGACUGCAGGGCUGAGAGGUGGAUGAGAUGGAUGCAACCGCUGCAGAGCAGCGUGUUGUGUGAAUAUUUUUGUGUAGUCAAUGUUGAUACAGAAACUGUUUUCAUAUAAGUGCAUUCUGUUGCAGAAUGAAAUACAAAACAAACCAAAAAAAAAAUACUAUUACGGCAGGAUACG